CGCUUGGCGCUGCAGGCGGGCCGGCGGUCCAGCCGUUCUCCGGGGAGACCCGCGGGCGGGGGGGCGGCGGCGCAGGAUUAGGUUUCAGGCCGGCGGGGCGUGCCCGAGCGCGCUGCCCCCGCGGCGCGGAUCGCUCGGCGCCGCUACUCGGGGGCGGGAAGGGCGGAGACCAGGGCCGGGCGGCGGGGCCGCCGUGCCGCGGGGGGAUAUAUUUUCUAUCUCUUACCAACGUUAAAAUAGAAGCUGAGAAGAGAAAAACAUGUUGGAAACAAUUGAUACCCAUCGGGCCCUCCAGGCCAUGGAUCGCUUACAGGCAAAACUUCGGAAUCGAGGUGACAUUGCAAAUGAGGAGAAACUCAACUUGUUAAAAUCAGUGCUGCAGAGUCCUCUCUUUAAUCAAAUUCUGAACCUUCAGACUUCUGUUCAACAACUGAGAGAUCAGGUAAAUAUUGCACCCUCCAUACAUUCCACUGAUGAAUUCCCUCAGCUUCUCCAUCAUGGUGUGAACAUGGGGUCCUUGCCCCUUAAUGAGUCAUAUUUGCUGGCUCAGCAGAAUGGCAGCCCAGCUAAUGUGCUAGAAGCAUCAAUGCGAUCCAUUACUCCUCAGAUUAAUGGGAAGUCCUCUAGUGAUGACUUUGAGCAGCUGAUCAGAAACAUGUCCCAGGGUCGUCUUGUUGAGACAAUUGAACUUACUAAACCUCUAAGUGGUGGUCUGGGCUUCAGUGUUGUGGGACUCAAGAGUGAAAACAGGGGAGAACUAGGAAUAUUUGUGCAAGAAAUCCAGGAGGGAAGUGUGGCACAUAGAGAUGGAAAGCUGAAGGAAGCAGAUCAAAUCCUUGCUAUUAAUGGACAAGCCCUUGAUCAGACAAUUACGCAUCAACAGGCUAUCAGCAUCCUGCAGAAAGCAAAAGAUAAUGUCCAGCUAGUUGUGGCCAGGGGCACUUUUCCUCAGCUCAUCAGUCCUGUAGUUUCCCGGUCUCCAUCUGCUGCUAGCACAGUUUCAGCCCAUUCCAACCCAGUUCACUGGCAGCAUGUGGAGACCAUAGAGUUGGUGAAUGAUGGCUCAGGUCUGGGAUUUGGGAUAGUGGGAGGAAAGUCAACUGGAGUGAUUGUUAAAACCAUCCUCCCAGGAGGGGUUGCUGAUCAGCAUGGGAGAUUGUGUAGUGGAGAUCACAUCUUGAAAAUUGGAGAUACAGACCUAGCUGGAAUGAGCAGUGAGCAGGUGGCACAAGUUCUAAGGCAGUGUGGAAAUAGAGUGAAACUCGUAAUUGCAAGGGGUCCUAUUGAGGAGCCACCUCUUCCAGCAGUUCCUCCAGGUACACCAGUACCCACCUCCACACCAGAUAAACAGGCAGAUGCUUCUAUUGAUGGCUGUGAAGAUGGGGAGAAAUUUAAUGUUGAACUUACCAAAAACAACCAAGGUUUAGGAAUAACUAUUGCUGGUUACAUUGGAGACAAAACGUCAGAACCUUCUGGUAUCUUUGUGAAAAGCAUUACAAAGGGCAGUGCUGUUGAACAUGAUGGCAGAAUCCAUGUGGGAGAUCAAAUUAUAGUUGUUGAUGGAACAAAUCUUCAGGGUUUUACUAACCAGCAAGCAGUUGACGUUUUGCGGCACACGGGACAAACAGUUCGACUCACUUUGAUCAGAAGAGGUCUUAAGCAGGAAAAUCAUAUUCCACCCCAGGAGGACUUCAAUGCUCCUGUUGAAAAGGACUUACAGUUCCAAACAAAGGAUAGUAGCACAGCCAAAGAUAACAGUGAAACAGAACAAGGAUCCCCAUCAUUGCCAUGCAGUGCCAGUGUGGUAAAUAUUGGAGAUGACAUGAAACAACAGGAGACAGGUUCUCAAGAUUUCCAGCUAACUACUGCAGAAGAAGAAGCUACAAAGAUAAAGUGGCAGAGGAUUAUGGGUUCGAAUUAUGAAAUAGUGGUGGCUGUAGUUAACAAAUUUAGUGAAAGCAGUGGGUUGGGGAUAAGCCUUGAAGCUACAGUGGAACAUCAUUUCAUCAGAUCUAUCUUACCGGAGGGACCAGUUGGACGCAGUGGCAAGCUGUUCAGUGGAGAUGAACUGCUGGAAGUGAAUGAGAUCUCUUUGAUUGGGGAAAACCACAAGGAUGUGGUCAGUAUCUUGAAAGAACUGCCUAUUAAGGUGACAAUGGUGUGCUGUCGUCCAGUAGCUCCCCCCAUCACUCAACCAGAAGUGCUAGAGAGUCUAAGUCUAUCUGAGGUUCAGCUCACAGAAAAGGCUCACAUAGAAGUUGGAUUCAUUGGCUCCUCGGACACAGAGGGAACAGCUUUGGAAGCAGCUGAUGAGGUUCAGAGUAUGGAAGAGGUGCAAAGCUCGUCUUUGGCAAUGUGGGAAACAGAAAUACAGAACAUUGAGCUGGAGAAAGGGAGUAUGGGGCUUGGAUUUAGCAUAUUGGACUAUCAGGAUCCUGUUGAUCCAGCAAACACUGUAAUUGUGAUUCGCUCAUUAGUUCCUGGAGGUGUGGCUGAGCAAGAUGGCAGACUUCUUCCUGGAGAUCGGCUUAUGUUUGUCAAUGAUAUCAAUUUGGAAAACGGCAGCCUGGAGGAAGCAGUACAAGCACUGAAAGGAGCUCCAACAGGAACAGUUAAAAUAGGAGUUGCCAAACCACUACCUCUUUCACCUGAGGAGGGCUAUGUCUCUGCUAAGGAAGAUUGCUUUUUCUACACUGCCCAGUCACUUGAGGAGGAGGGGCCAGCUGAUGCAGCCCUCUUCCAUGCUGAGCUGGCUCUGGUGGACUCCGGAGAGGCAGAUCUAGCAGAUGAGUCCACCUUUGAAUCACAGUAUUCUCUAGAGAGAGACGUCUUCCAGGAUUCAGUGGCAGCUUUGCAUCACAGUGCCUGUAGCGGUGAGGUGAACGACAGCUUCUCUCUUGCAUUAUCAACUUCCAAGGCUUUUGGAGAGGAAUGUGAAAAUACUGCAGCUGAUUUCCAUGUAUCUGACAAGAAUCUGUACAACAUGGAUCUGAAUCAGAGAAUGAGAGAGCAAAAGUGUGUAGUGGGCAAUAGCCUGGAAACUGCAACUGGUUUUACUAAAACGGAUCUCCUGCCUCUGGAUGUUUCGAAUAUCAACCAAAAUGAAAGUGAAAACACAGCAACAUGGACUGAAUCUCAGACAGCAUCAGAAGUUGCGCUAAAUACAAGCCUUGCUACUACCACACAGCUUGAUCCCCAAGGAAAAGAUCCAUUGCUUUUAAUGGAGAAGAGAUGCCCAGUAUCUUUGGAGGGAAGUUUCACAAUCCCAAAUUCGGUCAAAAACAUGUAUGAGAAGACUAUCACAAUUGCAAAAGGCAAUUCGAGUCUGGGGAUGACAGUAAGCUCCAAUAAAGAUGGCUUGGGAAUGAUAGUUCGCAGUGUCAUCCAUGGAGGCUCAAUCAGUCGUGAUGGGCGGAUUGGUGUGGGGGACUGCAUCCUGUCCAUUAAUGAAGAGUCAACCACUAACUUAACCAAUGCACAAGCCCGGGCUAUGCUGAGACGGCAUUCACUCAUUGGACCAGAUAUAAAAUCUUCUCCAGCACCUGCUGAUGAUCAGGCCCUCUGUUAUGUUAUUACAUAUGUGCCAGCAGAAAAUUUAGAUGAGUACAGGGUCGGUUUGGGACAAGAGACAGAGGGAGCUGUGCCACCUGAACUUUUUCCGUCACAUAUUGUCAGGGAACUCCCAGAGCUUCCAGAACGUGAAGAGGGGGAGGGAGAAGAAAGUGAACUUCAAAAUGCAGCUUUCAGUAACUGGAACCAGCCCAGAAAGGUUGAACUCUGGAGAGAGCCUAGCAAGUCAUUGGGGAUCAGCAUUGUUGGAGGACGAGGGAUGGGGAGCCGCCUGAGUAAUGGAGAAGUGAUGAGAGGGAUCUUUAUCAAGCACAUCCUGGAAGACAGCCCAGCCGGCAAAAAUGGAACUCUGAAAACUGGAGAUCGAAUUGUAGAGGUGGAUGGAAUUGACCUCAGAGAUGCCAGCCAUGAACAAGCUGUGGAAGCCAUACGGAAGGCAGGCAAUCCUGUAGUCUUUAUGGUACAGAGCAUUAUAAGCAGACCAAGGCCAGAGUCUCUUUAUAGCCCUUCUUCAGCUUCUGCUCCCUGUGGGCAGAAAACUACUAACCCAUUUUAUCGUCAGUCAUCUAAGGAGGUAUCGAAUCCAGUUAGGGUUACCUUCCGUUGUUCCCCAACUAACCCCUUUGCUCCCACACCAUUCAAGGCAUUCGGUCAGUCUGAUGCAGAAACAGAAAAGACUUCACUUUAUAAUUUGCCUCUGCCCCCUCCAUCAGCAUUUUCAGGAAUGAGCUGUGAUGUUGCACAGUCAUGUUCUACCAGAGUGCCAGAAGAUGUGGAGAAGGAGGAUGAGUUUGGUUACAGCUGGAAAAAGAUCGUGCAGCGCUAUGGAAAUCUACCGGGGGAGUUACACAUGAUUGAGCUGGAAAAAGGAAGGACAGGUCUGGGACUUAGUCUUGCUGGUAACAAAGACCGAUCCAGGAUGAGUGUCUUUAUAGUGGGAAUUGAUCCUAAUGGAGCAGCUGGAAAAGAUGGCAGGUUACAGAUUGCAGAUGAGUUGCUAGAGAUAAAUGGGCAGAUACUUUAUGGAAGGACUCAUCAGAAUGCUUCCUCAAUAAUCAAGUGCACACCAUCUAAAGUAAAAGUGAUCUUUAUCAGAAAUAAAGAUGCAGUAAAUCAGAUGGCUGUUUGCCCUGCAAAGUCAGUAGAUGCUUCACAAAGUACUUCAGGGACACUUCAACAUCAAGAGACUGAUGGAAGUGUUGCAAACUCUAGUGCUUUUUCUGACUUGAGUUCAUGUAAAAACAUUCAGUAUGUGGAACUCCCUAAGGAUCAAGGAGGUUUUGGAAUUGCCAUUAGUGAAGAAGACACGAUUAAUGGAGUAGUUAUUAAGAGCUUAACAGAUAAUGGUGCAGCAGCAAAGGAUGGACGAAUCAAAGUUGGUGAUCAGAUUCUGGCAGUGGAUGAUGAGAUUGUUGUGGGAUAUCCUGUAGAAAAGUUUAUAAGUCUUCUGAAGACAUCCAAAACUACAGUGAGGCUUACAAUCAACUCAGCAGAGUUGGAUAACCUGACUGCAGCACCACUCUCUUCCAGCACUGCCCCAGCAGACAAGAGGAAUAUGCAGCCUCCAGCAACUAUUCCUGCUUCCAGCUCACCAGAACCAGAAGCAGUCAAAAACACAAGCAGAUCUUCGACUCCAGCCAUGUUAGCCUCCGACCCAGCUACUUGUCCCAUCAUUCCUGGAUGUGAAACAACCAUUGACAUCUCCAAAGGGCGGACUGGUCUUGGUCUGAGCAUUGUUGGAGGAGCAGACACUUUGCUGGGAGCAAUCAUUAUCCAUGAAGUAUAUGAAGAAGGAGCAGCAUCUAAAGAUGGGAGACUGUGGGCUGGGGAUCAGAUAUUAGAGGUGAACGGAAUUGACCUCAGGAAUGCCACACAUGACGAAGCCAUAAAUGUCCUCCGUCAGACUCCCCAAAAGGUUCGUCUUACUGUGUACAGAGAUGAGGCCCAGUACAAGGAGGAAGACAUGUAUGAUGUGCUCAAUAUAGAGCUUCAGAAGAAGCCUGGCAAAGGCCUUGGGCUGAGUAUUGUUGGGAAAAGAAAUGAUACAGGCGUGUUUGUGUCAGACAUCGUCAAAGGAGGAAUAGCAGAUACAGAUGGAAGAUUGAUGCAAGGAGACCAGAUAUUGACAGUGAAUGGAGAAGAUGUCCGAAAUGCUAACCAGGAAGCUGUUGCAGCUUUGCUAAAGUGUUCCUUAGGUACAGUAAGACUAGAGGUCGGAAGAAUAAAAGCUGGACCCUUCCACUCUGAGAGAAGAACAUCCCAGAGCAGCCAGGUCAGUGAAGGAAGUGGCAGUCUCUCAUCAUUCAGUUUCCCCAUUUCUGGGUCCAGUGCACCUGAGGUCUUUGAAAGUGGUCUAAAGAAGAAUACCACAGCUUCUGAAAUACAGGGACUAAGAACAGUUGAAAUAAAAAAGAGCCCUGCAGAUUCACUGGGAGUGAGCAUUGCUGGAGGUGUAGGAAGUCCUCUUGGAGAUGUUCCUAUAUUUAUUGCCAUGAUGCACCCAAACGGAGUUGCAGCUCAGACUCAGAAACUAAGAGUUGGGGACAGGAUUGUUAGCAUCUGUGGAACAUCUACUGAGGGCAUGACUCAUUCCCAAGCUGUUAAUAUCUUAAAAAAUGCUUCAGGCACUAUUGAGUUGCAGGUUGUAGCUGGAGGAGAAGUGAGUGUCAUAACUGGUCAGCAGCAGGAUCCACCUACAUCCAGUCUUUCAUUUGCAGGACUAACUUCGACUGGCAUUUUUCAGGAUGAUUUAGGACCUCCUCAGUACAAGACUAUUACUCUGGACAGAGGACCGGACGGCCUUGGCUUUAGUAUUGUGGGUGGCUACGGCAGUCCCCAUGGAGACUUACCCAUUUAUGUGAAGACAGUGUUUGCAAAGGGUGCAGCAGCAGAAGAUGGACGCCUGAAGAGGGGGGAUCAGAUCAUUGCUGUGAAUGGGCAGAGCUUAGAAGGGGUGACUCAUGAGGAAGCAGUUGCUAUUCUGAAAAGGACAAAAGGAUCAGUCACUUUGACUGUAUUGUCAUGAACUGGCUGGUUGAAGGGUUAGGGUCAAUAAGACUGUAUUAUUUACUUUCCACCUAGUAAAGAUAAUGGAAAUGUUUGUAUAGUCUUCUUGCUCUUCCAGAUUCACAGGACUGGGUUACAGCACUGAAGAAAAGUACCAUUUAACCAUAUUUCUGUAUACAAUAGAAGUACUUCUCUUACUGUCAAGCCACUGGGAUGAAGUUAUGUCAGCUAUGUAAAGAGAUGGAUAUCUUUCCUAUUAUUAAGUCAACAGGGAAAAAAAGAAAAAAGAAUAUUUGCGUUAAUAACCACACAACAAAACUGAAAUGUUUUGCUAACAGACUUUGGAUACAUGUAUAAUGUUGGAAAAAUUACAAAUUCACGAAGUCAGCAAGGGGGUUGCAUGGGUAGCAGUAAUCAGAAAACAGGAAUAAGGUUACUGAAGAAAAAAAGUACUAAUAAAAUAGAGACUUGGGGGAUAGAGGGAAAAGUAUGUAAUCUGGAGGCUGAUUAUUAAUGGACUUAGAUGGUUAUUUGUAACUAGAUGAUCUUUAAGGUCCCUUCCAACCCAAACCAUUCUAUGAUCAAGUAGAAGGGGCUGGGUGGGUACUUGGAUGGGUUAGUUUGCUUGUCUGUUUAUAUGUUUUAAUUUCCUAAGUCAUGGUGUAUGCCCAAAAAAGAGAAAACUGUGUUUCAUUUUGGCUUAGAUUUGAGGGGUUUUUUGUUUUGUUUUGAUGUUUGUAUGUUUGUUUGUUUUAUUGCUUUGUUUGUUUCUCAUUUGUUGGUUUGGGUUUGGGGGUUUUGUUUAUGUGGGUUUUUGGCAGGGGGCUGAGGCUUGUGUGUUUGUUUCAAAAGGAGAGGACUUGUACUCAGGGCCAAAAAAUUCAGUGCUAGUGGAAACUGUUCCUGGUGAAUGAGAAUGCCCAGCAACUGCAGUAUUAGAAGAACUAGACUUUUAUAAUAGUAGUAUUUUCUAGUGUAUAUGGAUGUGAAAACAACCUUCCCAGUAUGAAAUAUCUGUAAGCAAAGGUUGUUCUCUUCCAACAUGCAAGACUAACUACAGGCUCAAUGCAGACAUUUCUUCAAGCUGCAUGAAUCAGAGCUGUGAACAAACUGCUCAGAGCAGGUUUGCUUGGCUGUGGACAGAUGUCUGGAUAUCUUUUAGGCCAGUGUGGAAGAAGUUGAUGUUACGGUGUUGCUGCCGUUACCAACGGCAGCAAAGGUAGAGUCCUCCUUGAACUGAGGAGACAUAAAACCAGGACUAAUGUGCUGAGGAUGGGUAAAGGCCUGAAAAUUCCUCCCAGUGGAGGUGAGGAGUAAGAGAGCAGUGAACGUUUGCAUCAGUAAUAAGCAGAAGAGAUUUGAGAGCCACAACUAUUUUUUUGGGGAUAUUGAUUUUAGAGGCACAAAUACAAGAUGUGUCUAGUAAAUACAAUGCAACCAUGGAGCUGUUCUUUGUUCAGCAGUGUGGUCAGUAAAUGUAUCACUUUUUCCUCACUAAAACUUUAUGUAAAAGUAGCACUCAAUGAAGCUCUUAGCUGAUUGUUACCUGCCUGCCUUUGCCUGCCUUGCUUCUAGGAAUCUGGCAGAUAAAGCACGCUUUCCCCAUGAUUUAUUUUCCUGCAGAAAAAUUUCACUAAGUCUUUUGAGGGAGAAAGAUACCUAGCUAACUAGCAUGCUAAUCAGCAGAAAGAUCCCUUGUGUUGAUUAGCCAAAAAAAUGUAGCAAGAAGGCCACCAUGUCAAUUGUCAUUUAAGAGAAAUCCAAACUGAAAAUUCAGGCAAUGCUCAGGCCAUCAUUAUGGGAGAAUACAAAAGACUAGCAUUUGUUUUAAUGGGGUCACAAAAGCAGUAUUAGACGUGUCUGUCAAAUAGUAUUACCAAAUUGAUAGCUAAGUGUAAGCGAAUUAACAAAAAAUCCACCCCUUUGUCUUUUUAACUGCUCUAGAAGUUACACUGUGGUAGGCUAAGAUGGAAGAAAUCACAUGGUACCAUUACUGGAUGCUGCUGUUAUUGAAUUGCUCUUUUAUACUUAUUUCUUGUAUAGUGUGAGAAUUGCCUACAUUAGAAUAUGUAAAGUCACUUUACAUAGUAUCUAUAUUUGUAACAGAAGUAGUUUACAGCUAUUUUGUUACUGCUUUUGUGUCACAAUGUGGGAUUUAAAUAAAUAAAUUCCAAACUGUCAUGAUAAAGAA